GCUCCUGAAUGACCAGUUCACUACAUGACUGAGUACAGAUCUAUGUACGAUUUGGAAGAACUUCUGGGAAAAACAAAAAAGAAACCACUCCUUCUGUGAUCAUAUUCUGUAUAAUCAGGUCCUGAUUUUGAAGGCUUGUCAUUCAGAAUUGCUCUUUCACAGCAGUCCCAAGUAAACAUCAUGGCAUGCAUUUAUGGAAACAUCAUGAAAAUAGACACCACCGGUGCAUCACAGGAAACAGCUAAUCAAGACAGAUUAAACGUAGAUGGUGUUAAAGCCUCUGAAAAACUGGCUGAGACUGAUCUGGACCGGAUGAAGAACUACAAGCGUAUGAUCACCAAAGUUGCUAGAGCAAACCAGAUGGACCCAGCUGUGAUUGCUGCCAUCAUAUCCAGAGAGACCAGAGCCGGAAACGUCCUGAAUAAUGGAUGGUCUGAUCAUGGCUAUGAAUUUGGCCUCAUGCAGAUUGACAGGCGCUUCCACACUCUAGAUCCACGCGUUGCAUGGGACAGUGAGGAGCAUAUCACACAAGCUACAGAGAUACUCAUUAGCUUCAUUAAAGAAAUUAAGGCAAAAUUUCCCAUGUGGUCCCAAGAGCAAUGCUUUAAAGGGGGAAUAUCAGCCUACAAUGCAGGUGUGAGUACCGUCAGUUCAUAUGAGAAUAUCGAUGCCAGAACCACUGGAAAAGACUACUCCAAUGAUGUUGUCGCCAGAGCCCAGUGGUUCAAAAGCAAGGGUUACUGAAGAAGAAAAGCCUUAAAUUAGUAUAAUGAUUACAACCACUCAAGAUUAUAAGUCUUUAU